AUGCUGCUCUCCCUGUCGCUUAUUGGACUCCUCACCCUUGUCGCUGCCUACCCUCAACCUGGCUUACCGGACGCCGCCUUGGGGACGGGGAGAAACAAUGUGAUCAUCCCCAAAAUUCACAGGCGGGUCUUUUCCGAACCUCGACGUCUAGAUAGCGAGUCAACACACCAAGCUGGACUUGAGCGUCAACCUCAGCCGGAACCCAAUACAUUGAUGCCUGCUUCAAAGGCUAUACCUUACCUUAACGCCUUGGAUCCUGAGACGGGGUCCAAAUACUUCAGUUUCGACCUCGCGAAUAGUGAUCCAGAUGGCAACGAGGUGACCACGGGGUCGGGAGACCAGGAGACUUCGGACCAAGCGACGACCGCUGCACCGUCGACCGUACCGAGCUCAACGCAGAUCCCUGGACCACACACCACAAACUUUCAAGCUGGAUCGCUUCCUUCAGCCAUCAUUCCGCCUUACUAUUCGGCGGAUGGACCUGGUGGACCUCUCGAUAAGGCUGACAUAGCGACGAUGCCAGAUUCAGGUGCGGCGGCAAGAGGUGCCAUCCCAGUGGUAGGAGCCACAAUCGUGUUCACGGUCGUGUCCUUGGUUGCUGGAACUAUGGGGGCGUUGUAG